CCUUCAUGUCGGCGUGUAUCCACGGGAACAUACGGAUGCCAUGGUCACUUCUGUUACGAUUUUACAGGUGAACAAAGUAAUGUCUGUCCUCUUUUACGGCAUGCUUCUCACUUAUCUCAGUGGCAUCCAGGCUACAACCAUGGACAAGAGAGGUUCGUCCGAGGACUCUGUGAGCUCACUCAUCAUCAAAAUCCUCCAGGCGGACAUCCUGAAAGGCCGACUCUCCAAGCAGAGUGAAGAGCUGAAGGAGAAGUAUCAGGACACCGAACAGAAGGGUGACACCCAGAGGGAUACAGACUCAAUGGGGAAUACGAUAUCUGACUUCCAGCCGAUCGUCUCGGUUAAUGCUGAGUUACUAAGGCAGAAGAAGCGCUACCAUUCACCCCGAGUGCUGCUGAGCGAUCGGCCACCUUUGCAGCCGCCCCCUUUGUACUUAAUUGAGGAUUUUGCAGAGAGUUUGGAGAUGGACAACAGAACAGCCAGGCGGAAGCGAUAUGCAGACCGCAGGGGGCAUCGCGGUGAAUACUCUGUGUGUGAUAGUGAGAGCCGCUGGGUGACGGACAAAACAGCGGCGAUCGACAUCCGAGGGAAGCAGGUGACCGUCCUGGGAGAGAUUAAAACCGGCAACUCUGCCAUCAAACAAUAUUUUUACGAGACGCGGUGCAGAGAAGCCAAACCGGUUAAGAAUGGCUGCAGGGGCAUUGAUGACAAACAUUGGAAUUCGCAAUGUAAAACCAGCCAGACCUACGUCAGGGCACUGAGCACUGAGAACAAUAAAUAUGUAGGCUGGAGGUGGAUUAGGAUAGACACCUCCUGCCUCUGUGCAUUAUCCAGAAAACUAGGCAAAUCGUGA